AUGAGUCAACCGUACUAUGAGCAAGAGAUGGAUCGGCCAGUAGGAGCUUCAGGGUCCGUCAAGAGAGCCCGAGAGAGGGCACUUCAAGGACUCCCCAGAAACACACCUCCACCAAUGUUUCAACAGGACAUGGCUGACGAUGCGCCUCCUGGCGACCUGAGGGCUCCUCCUCGCCGUCUGGUCGCGCAACCUGCUGGUCAAUCGAGAAUCCCUAAGAUCCGAGCACCUGGAAUGGAUGGGAGGAACGCCAACGGUGGCCCUGCCAUCUCGAGACCGACACAAGUGCCUCAAUGGCCAUUGCCAGGCCCUCCCUUGACAGCGAUAAAUCAGUCCGAACCCGAACCCUACCGACCCCCUCCUGGACGACCACAGCAGGCCCCCCAAAGACCGCCGCGACCCAGCCAGGUUCCAUCGAUGUUGGAUCAGUCACGCCUCCAGGAACCUACUCCCGUCUUUCUCAACCCGGAUGCCGACUACUACUCGGAAAGUCCCACGAGCCCUUCAUCAGACACUUCGUCAACCAUGGGAGAGCUCCACGACUUCCCCCCAGCUGGUUCAAAUUCGCUAUCGAACGCGAGACGGAGCGCAAACCUGGGCCCCCCUCCUUCAUCCAGACGAGGUGCUUCUUCCUUCUAUUCGAACCCAUCCUAUGUUUCGCCGAUCCCAGAGGAGAGCCUUGCUUCCAAGUCACACGGAUCAUAUGCUUCGAGUGCAGCCAUGCCCGACAAUUGGCCGGUCACUUCCCGUGAAGCUAGCCCGACAUUCUACGACGAGACCGACACCGAAAAGGAUCGAGGCUCCAUGUACGACGAGUUCAGCGACGAAAGCAAACUGGUACGUAGCGCCAGUAUCGGCAAGCGAGGCAAACCCGCCCUCGUUACCACCAAGUCUAGUAGCAGCGCUACCGACAAACAAGCUCAGUCGCCUGUGCAGGCCUUCGCAGCUGCCAACGAACAUGGCGACCCGCAGAACUCCUGGAUUGCAAUGUCGACGCCUAAUCCUCUGAACGCAGAUAACUCCAGGACGCUCAGCCCAGACGCGAUGCUCGGAGCUUAUGCAGCUGCGAGCGCUACUGAUCUGGCGGAGAACCGAAUGAAGAGUCCGUCUCCUCUAGCUCCUCAGAUCCGACCCCAUGUCCAACCCGUGGCGCCAGCGUACAACCGAAUGUCAGCUAUCAGACGACCGCCGAGAUUGGACAUGGAUGCCGUGAGGAGCGCGGAGGAGCGAGGCAGCAUCACCAGCUUGCCGGAUCUAAUUCGACGAGCGACUAGGCUCGCCUCUAUGAUUGAUCGAGGCAAGAGACCUGCGAGUCGAUUUGGAGAGUUGGGUGACUAUCUCGACGAAAAAGGUCAGGGUCGUGGCGGCGAUAAGGAGAACUCAGGAUUGUCAGACAUGUUGGCCGCCUUCCCUCCUCCCGCACAGGUCCAGACCGACCGACAGAGCCGGGGCUCCUGGUUUCGCACGACGUCUUGGCCUCUUGCCCCCGGCCGACAAGAUCAGCCUUCACGAUCUCAGCUUAGGAACAUGGCGCCACAGGAUGAGCCACGGCGCGACAAGCGCCGAAGAUGCUGCGGCCUGCCCAUGUGGGGUUUCAUCCUGGUCAUGAUUCUGCUGCUCGGCGUCGUCGCCGCCGCUGUAUUUGUCCCGCUCGAGUUUUUCGUCUUCAAGAACCUGGGCAACAAGACUGCCUCCAGCUCCGAGUUGACCAAGUGCCAAGAAUCGCUGGUUUGUCAGAAUGGCGGCAGCAAUGUUAUUUCGCAAGGCACAUGCUCGUGCAUUUGCACCAAUGGAUUUACUGGUUCGGACUGCAGCACCAGCGGGAGCGAAGGCUGCACCACUACUGACAUAGUCUCCUCCGCUGAUGACACCACAAUCAGCAACGUCACUCUUGGAAAGGCUAUCCCUCGCCUUAUCGCUUAUAGUGGCACGAACUUCUCUAUCCCGCUUUCCGGCACGUCGGUCAUGGCAAAGUUCAACUCGGGAGACCUCUCGUGCAUUGCACAGAACUCCCUCGUGACUUUUGAUGGCUCAGCAGCACGGAAGGGCGAAGCAUCGGACAAAGUGGAGGCCACUGAUGAGGAACUCCAGGUUGAUCAAAGAGACAUCAAGAGAGCCGCCACUACUACUGCCGCAAUCACUUCUGCCAUCACCAUCUCCCCAGACAGUGCUGCCACCACGCUGGUACUGGAUGAGGGGUCACCUGCCCCUACCGGGACCGGGUCGGCCAGCGGCUCCAAAGAAACUUCUGGUUCUACUACGACAGACGCCAGCGCGACGGCGACGGCAACCUUUACGGUUACAGAAGAGGUGCUUGAUUUUGCUCGUGUUGCAGUCCUCUACGUCUUGCAAGAGGAGAGCCAAGCCAAUGCUGAGAACGCCCAGACCAACCUUCAGCGUUUCUUCACCUCGGCCGACGAAAGUUCUGGAGUGACUGAAUCAUCCGCAUCGAGCGUUGAUAUUGGCAGCGACAACAAAAUUGACUUGGUGAACUACACCAUCAACAUUGGAUCGGGGUCAGUUGGUGGGAAAGCCAGGCGCGAUAUCGUGUAUGGACGGGCACUUGGUUUCGAUGCCAGCCAGGUUCGGCGCAAUUCCCGGCACGGUGGCUCCGUUAUCCGAAACCGCUGA